ACAAAAGCUAGCACACGCAUUGGACCCUCUUCUCUCCUCCUCGUCCUCAUCAUCACCGCCAUCCUCUGUCAUCGGCAACGGUUUCCAUGACACUGCUGAAUUGCUUGCCGUCCGACAUCUCCGAGCUAAGCGUGCAGGCUCCAUGAUGUAUGUGGACCUUAUAGCUGAGGUGCCGAGCAAUAUGUCAGUCUUGGCCACAUCAAGGUUGGAAGUAAAGAUCUCGCAGACGUUGAAGGAGGCGCGGAAGGAGAUCUCAGAAGUCCGCGUGAAAUUUCACCCUGUUGACACGCGCGCUCAUCAGAGUUGAUCGCAUUUAUGUGAAUGGACGUAUCAUCGACAUGUUCUGUGUUUUCCACACUAAAUAGUUUUAUUUUGUGAUCUGUGCGUGACCGUUGCAACACGUGCGAGUGUGACAAGCGCGUCGAUGACACCCAAGUUUAAUACCCAUACCACAAUGAGUGAACUGGAUCUUAGAUUGUCUACAGCUACUGCUCAGGACACAGGUUCUUUUAGGCUUUUGGAGCUUCCUCCAGAGCUGUGCCAAAUAAUUGAAUCUGCUUCUGAGAAAACUGCUAGCCUCUUCAUCAAAGGGCACCCGACUGAGGACGCGGUACUAUGUACAUUACAAAAGACAUAUGCUGUCCGUUCUGUCGUGCUGUCUAAUUCCGUGCUGGUUGUGACACCCUCCAGAUCGGAUCCAGAUGGGACCGUGCACAUCCGAGACCAAUUGCAUGAGAUCCUGGAGCUGGUGCCUGUGGUACCGAAGUUGCAUAAGCUUUCCAUCUUGCUGAGGGAUAUGGAAUAUGAUGAAGGAGAUGAAGACAAGCAGGCAACCAUGCCAAAAUAUAGCUACGAGCAGGCUCGUAGCGAAAUACAGGCCAGCGAAGCUGAGUUCGUCCUCGGUCUGAAAGAGAGACGCAUCCUCGUCCUUGAAGGGCAGCUACGGCCUAUAGCCCCAGCGCAUCUUAGCACUAUUCUCGAACUGCUGUUAAACUACUUGAUAUCAAUGUCCCUCUCACACCAAGCUGCUCCGAUCGAGGAGCUGGUGUCUGUGCUUGCCGAUGAACAUGAAAUACCCCGCGUAGUAUCGAAGCAGGUUAUGUCCUGGUUUGGGGAUGUAAAAGAAGGCCUCUGGAAAAUGGACGUAGAUGCGGUGAUUCGAGAGCUUGGAGUAGGAAUUUUCCGCCAUCAUAGACAUAACCCUAUCUCUGAGAACGAAUUCCUCAAGAAAUGGAAAAACGUAGUAGGGGACACUUUCGAGUCUUCUGUGAAGCUAUCCCUUCUUUCGGGAGACUACCUUCGAAAUCUGUCCUCAAUCGGAGAGGAAGCGUCAUUGACCUACUUUCCAUCUUCUGCAUUACCGGUUGACCCAGCUGCAAGAUUCGUUGAGCUAUUUCUGACUCGCCAACGAUGGAAACAUGAGGAGAUCGAACAUUUCCUACUUGACAUUGCCGUUAACUCCAAGGAAAGAGACAAACUACUGCUCAAACAUGCCAGAGCUCUGACUGAUACUGAGGGGGUAUGGUACACUGCGAGAGUAAGUUACAACAACUGA